AUGAAUGACUCUUCUAAAAAUGAUGAUGAUGAUCAAAUAUUACGUCUUUACUAUGUACAUGGUGCAAGCGUUCGAAAUAAAAAUGAUUUUUUAUCUCAUUCUUCCGCUAUCAUCAAUCAAAAUAAUCUUAUCGAAAUUGAUUAUCAUUCUUAUUCAGUCAAUAGUAACAUUAAUAAUGAUACCAAUGUUCAAAUUGACAUGGUUGAAAAUAGUGAAUGUCAUAUUUACAUCAGCAUUGGAAAUGAACAGCCUUGCAGUACGAUGCGUUUGCCUUCAGCAUUGUCGUCAUCAAUAAAAAACGAUAAUCGAUAUGGGUUUCGUGUUAAAUUGGAAUUUCUCGAUAAUGAUUUAACAUCAAUAUCAUCAUCACACAGAUUCGGGGCAUUGGUCAAUGGAUUGAAUAUGAUUACUGUUAGUAAAUCGAGUCAACACAAUCACAACAAUCGUACAUCAUCAAAUUGUGUACCCAGUCCUGUACGUGAUAUUGUUAAAAAAAAGCGGUGGCUACAAAGCUUACGUGAUCACAAUUUCAUAAAACUUGUCCAAUUAUCAUCAAAUUUAUUUAACAUUAUUAUUCGACUAUAUAAACAUGGUGCCUAUCGAUUAUUAUUGUUUUUAAAUGAAGACAAAAUCAAAACUAUAAUAUAUGUACGAGUUUAUCCAUCACAACUGACGGACAAACGUAAUCUAAAUAAAGUUUCGUUAACGCCACCCGUCUCCUAUACAAAAAUAAAGAAUCUUACAAAAUCAAAAUCAAAUACAUCAUUAUCAAAAAAAAGUUCUUAUUCAUCAUCGAGACAAAGUUUGAAUAUGUUGAGUGAUGACGAAUUUCGGUUUUCCAAAAAACACAUAAUAGUCAAUGAUGAUGCAUUUGAUGUUUCAACACCAGGUUGUCUUUUUAAAAAAUUUGGUGAAAAUGGAAGAGGAAUAGGACAGUUUUCAAAUCCACAAGAUGUUUGUUUUUAUGAUAAUAAUUCAUUACUCGUUUCAGACAGUAUAAAUCAAUGUGUACAACUAUUUGAUAUUGAGACGGGUAAUUUAAAAUCUCUUCUAUUCGAUAAAAAACACCCAAUUCGAGGCCUUAGACGGCCGAUUGGUCUUGCUUCUAGUCCAGAUGGAACUAUUCUCGUAGCCGAUUAUGAUCAACGGUGCAUCGGUGUUUUGCAGAUUGAUGGUCAGCUUAUUCGGCGAUUCGGCGAACAACAAUUAGUUGGACCAAAAGGUGUUGUUUUGUCGUCUCAUUCGGGUAUAAUUGCUGUCGUCGACAACAAAGCUAAUUCUAUAUGUUUAUUUCAUUCAAACGGAAAAUUUUCGCAUCGUUUCGGUACUCAUGGUCCUGAAAAUCAUCAAAUUGCAGGUCCACAUUACGCUGCAUUUCAUUCAAUCUACAAGGACGAUAAUAUAAUUGUCACCGAUUUUUAUAAUAGUUGUGUUAAAAUAUUCGAUAUCAAUAUUGGACAAGUUUUAUCCACAUUCGGUUCAAAUGGAACUAAACAAGGCCAAUUCCAAGGUCCAACGGGGUUAACCACUGAUAAUGAACACGGCAUGAUUUUUGUAUCCGAUUGGGGGAAUAACAGAAUGCAGGUAAUGCAUGUUGAAAAUCUUACCAGCGGGUACGGGAGGUUAAAUUAUUGGUUUUUGCAAUGA